CUCUUGUACGCACAGUUCGCGGUCAACACAACCUUCGCGACGGACUCUGGUGCCCCAUGUUUCAACAAUAGGUUGUGAGGAUACAUGUUAAUUACUGACUUAAUGUUUUUAAACACAACUGGACGAAGAAGCCACAGGCCACGUUCCUGUUGACGUAGACGUAGAGGCGUGUGUGUCGUUAUUUAUUUCUGAAGUUUUACAUGAAAACCAAAACGUGUCUUAUUUUAUUUGUGUGAGCAAGUCACCGUUUGAUAUGAAGACGGGAUGAACUACAGAUCAUCAUGGCCACAUACCGGGAUCUUCAUUUUGAUUGGUCAAUGCUCUGCCAGGAAUGUACUGAUUGCUGGACAGCCUCAGAUCUCCAGUUGGCAGCAGAGCUUGGGAAGACGCUUCUGGAGAGGAACAAGGAGUUGGAGAACAGUGUGAAGCAGCACCAGAACAUAAUAGAGGACCAGACUCAGGAGAUUGAAUAUCUCACAAAGCAGACUGCAGCACUGCGGGAAGUGAAUGACUCCAGACUCCGAAUCUACGAACAACUGGAAGUUAGCAUUCAAGAACUAGAGAGAGCUAAUCAGAGACUGGCACUAGAAAAUUCGGCAGACAAGAAACAUAUCAAGAGUUUGUGCUUGAGUAUAGAUUCGCUAGAAUCACGAUGUGAGGAGCUUCAAAGGGCCCUGGAUGAGGUGACUCUGCAGCAAAAUAGUCAAGCGAGACGUCAGCAAAGAUCGAAGAGUUCUUCAGACAAUAGGAACUCCAGUGGCCCUAAUAUAAAACUGGAAAAUGAGGCAGACCAGCAUGGAGAUGAAGGUGUUGACAUGAAGGAGAAUGCAGAAGAUGAAGAAGUGAUUAGGUUGCUGGAGCAGCUUCAGGAAUCAAGGUCUCAGAGAGUGAAGGAACAACGAAAAAUAUCAGAAUUGGAAGAGCAAUUGGCUGGUCUCUUGCAGGAGAACUUGGCUCUGGAGGAACAGCUAACCUUGUUGCGACAGAAGGAAGAAGAUAUGAAGUCGCUGCAAGAAGAAAUAUCUACUUUGGAAGAAGUCAGGCAAGGACACUUGUGUGGCCGCUGCCUAAGGAACAUGGAUUCCAGAGGUCAUGAUGAGCUGUCAAUGAUGCUAGACCAUGAAGAAGAAGAAGAAGAUGGUAGUGUGGUGAAUUCUGUUGUGAGUGAAACCCACCGCAGCAUGAUUAUGCUCCAGAUUCAGGAUCCUUCUAUAGAGGAGGGGCAGACACGUGACAAUCCAUACCGCGUGCUGGUUGAGAAGUAUGAAGCACUGCUUGAGAUGCAGCGGCGUCCAGCCCCAGGCAGGCAACAUCAUGUUGCUCCCAGCACCAACUGUCUGUCCUUGCAGGAAGAACUACAGUUAUCAGGAGACUUCUCCAGCUUUAAUGGAAAAGUAGAGGCAGAUGCAGAGAGUGACAAUGAAGGCAUUGAGUCAGCUGUUCCUAGUAAGAGUUGUAAGAAAGAGACUGAUACAGAGAAAAAGGCUGAAAAAGCAUUUUCUGCAACUCCAACAGACUUCUCAGAAGCAGAAACAUCAUCGUCUGGUUUUUCAGAUGAGAUUAGCAACAAGGCAACACAAACAGAGGGACACCUACCACCAGGUUCAUUUCUUUGUUCAAUUGCUGAUGGAGAUGAUUGUCGCUUCAGUAUCUACGAUGAUGCCAGCCCUAUAGAAAGUCGUUUCCGAAAGACACCCGAGUAUCGUCAACUAUUCCGUGAGAUAUUUGCUGUACUCAAGAGGGCAGCAGAAGCAAAAGAUGAGGGUGAACAACUUCCACUGUUGGAAGAUCUGACACCUGUAGCAGAGGCUCCUAAAGUUCCACCAGUGACUCCAUCAAAAGAAGAACUUCCAAAUGAUUUUCAUAAACGAAACAGUAGUAACAAUGCACACGUAUCAAAUCCUGAUCUUCCAAACAAAUCGACAAGCAAUGAGGACACUGCAGGCAGUAUAGCAGACAAAGAAAUUAUUCUUGAUACGCAGUCAGAUCCUAAAGUGGAGCAUACAGCUGCUGGAUGCAACCCACAAGAUUUAAAUGAUUCUUUAGCCAAAGAAACUGACUUACCCCAACCUAAAGCAGCACCAAAGAAAGACAUAUUGGAAUAUCUGUCUGUUGGUGUGGGUGUUAGAAAGAAGUCUCAUGGAAGAAAGAAUUCUCCCAUGAAAACCUUGAAACCAACUGUAGCAGAAAGAGUGGAACAGAUAGAAUCAAUUCCUUCUGUAAGCAGCUGCACUAGUGUGACAUCUGCCAACAGAGGCAGGAGGAAGAGGGAGGUGAGGAAUUUUGAUAAAGGAAGAGGUGGAUACAGCCAAUCACCUAUAAGAGGGGAAUCACCCAUGCCUUUUGAUACUUGGAAAAAGCAAGAGAUUCAGAAUUCACCUUGUAGCCAGCAAAAGCCCUCAUUCUUUCAGCAGUCAUCUUAUCAGAGGUUAGGACAUCAGCAACAGAGCACAUGGGACUUCCAGCCAUUCAUUAGUUCUGCAUCACAGGAAGUUGCCAAGUUAAAACGUCUCGAAAAAUCUUACGCCGAAGUUCUUCGCCUUGGACCUCAGAAAUGCAGUAAUCGUCCCAUCCCUACAAAUGGCUACAGAAAGUGAAAUAGCAACAGACAAAGCUGUCUGUGCUUCUUGGCUUCUAUCAUAAAUAAUAUUUUGGAACAAGUGAGGUGAGAAAUUUAUGUUGCCUUAUGGCCUUUAAAAAGAGACAUACUGUAAGGGUUUUAAUCAUAAAUUAAACUGAACAGAGGUAUGGUGUUGAGGUAGUGCCAAGUGUUCCUUCAUCCCUUAUGUCAUAACAACCACAAUUAUUUAAAUUCUGCAAUCAGCCUUGUUCAUGUGGAAGUUGUAUGUGGACAUUGGUGGAAGGUGUAAUGAACUGCCUCUUGUGCCAUGUGUAUAUUUUUUCAUGUAUUUUAACCAAGCUUUGUAAAAAAAAUAUCAUUUAGUGUAUGUGCAACAAUUGUAUUGUAAAUUAUGUGUAUAAAAGCAGCAUUAAGCAAAAGAAUGUUUGAACAUU